GUUUUUAGCCUGCCUUUCUCCUUCAAAAGGACCGAAGGCGGCUUCCACCUGAGAAAGGACAAGAUCGAAAGCGGACAAACCGCCACCCGUGUACAAAUCCUUCAGAAAGGAUGAAACAAAGGCCAGGUUAAAAAACACCAGAGAGCCACAGAAGAGGAAGAAGCUUUUGGAGGGAGCCUUUGCUUCGCCCAGAGGGCCCCUCAAGCCAAGCCCCCCCCAAAAGUGAGGAGGGUUCGGGGGGGGGGUUCAGGGCCGUUCCCAAAAGAGGAAAGGUGGAAGGCAACGCGCGGGAGUAAAAAGAAGCCCCCCCAGAAACCAAGGGGGCUGAGUCAGGCACUUGCAGGCGGGCUAAGGCGGAAAGGGGCCACGGAAGAGGCUGCUUUGGGAGCAGAAGGCCUCCUCGAGAGAAAGCCCUUCCUCCCGGGGAGGCUGAGGGGCCCAAACCCGGAGCCUGGCUCCUUCCCCAGCCGGCAAACGCCGGCAGCUGGGCUCCCGCAAGCAGCCCGGUCGGCGAGAUAAAACUCGGGCUGGGCGGCGGAGAGAGCCUGUCGGAUGCCAGGGCCGGUGAACGAGGCGCUCUCUCGGGGGCGGCGCGGCUUCCAAGUAGCACGUAUCCGCGGAUUUCCUCAUCUGCGGCCAGAAAAUGUUGCCAAUAUCGUAUUAAAAGGAAACAUUUCCGGAAGCCGAGAUUUCCAAAGGUGUCGUUGCCAGAACGGGCCGCCAGAGGGAGCCGGAGGCCGCGCUGCGCGGAGCGUUCGCUCUCAUCCGGAGGUUUCAGGAUCCGCGGUCGGAGGGCUUGGAGCCCAUCCGCCCCCCACACACCACGGAUUCGGGGGUCCCGUUCCCUCUUCUUUCCCUGGCGUGAUUUUUUUACGGCUCGAUCCGGAGACUCUCCCGGUGGCAAAGUGAGCGACGUCUCCCUCCUCGGAGCCUGCUAGCCGCCUACGAGCUGGAGAUGUGCUUGACGGUCUUCCAGUGACAAGCCUAGGAUCCAGAAACUGAGAUCGAGAGCUUUCCCUCCCCGGCAGGAACCGGCUGAGCCCAAGGCUUUGAGGGUGCAGGAGCUGCAAGCAUCAUCGAGACGAGUACGAUCCAUCAGGAGAGACUCCAGGCCAUCGCGGAGAAGAGGAAACGCCAAACAGAGAUUGAAAACAAGCGGAGGCAGCUGGAAGAUGACAGGAGACAGUUACAGCAUCUAAAGUCCAAGGCUCUGCGGGAGAGAUGGCUGCUGGAAGGGACCCCCUCCUCCAAUGCGGAAGAGGCCGAGGCCAUGAAGAAGCAGAUGGAGGAAGACGACCUGAAGGCAAAAGAGCUGGAGGUCAGCAUCCAGAGGUUAGAGAAAGAAUUGGAGCUACUGGAAAACGGGAUCUCCGCCUCUUCCACCCAGGAGAACGUGGCCGAGGAGGCCCGUGUGGUGGCCAGGGAGGAGAAGCUGCCCCAGACGCCCAAGACACCCGUAGGCUCAGCCAAAGCAGACAGCAAGAUUGCCAACAGUCCCAUGAAAGUGGCAGAAGGUGGAGGAGGCAUGAUGAAAGCAGCUAUGUACUCUGUGGAGAUCACGGUGGAGAAGGACAAAGUGACGGGGGAGACCAAAGUCCUUUCCAGCACCACUAGGCUACCCCGAGACCGCUCGGUUCAUGGGGUCAAGGUGUACGAGGAUGAAAUGAAAGUGGUCCACGCGGUCCGUGCAGAAGAUGGGGCCCUGGAGAACGGCCUCCACCAGCUCAGCUCCUCGGAGGUGGAUGAGCUUAUCCACAAAGCCGACGAGGUGACCCUGAGUGAAGCCUCGGAGAGGGUCAAGGAUGGAGAAGAGGCCAAAAAGAGCAACCCCCCAAGCCAGAAGGUGACCCCCCGGAAGGAAAUAACUGGUGUCCAGGCCAAACCCGUGGAGAGCCCCAAGCUCUUGGCUUCAGGGCCGGAGCCCAGCCACGAGCAGCCGGUCACCAUGAUCUUCAUGGGGUACCAAAAUGUGGAAGACGAGAAUGAGACCAAGAAGGUACUGGGACUCGAGGGGACCAUCAAGGCCGAGCUGGUGGUGAUUGAAGAUGCCGAGAACAAGCCGGGAGCCGGUUCCACGGGGAAGGACCACGCCCCACCCAACGGCAGUGCUGCCACGGAUCCGGUGACGGCCAUGCCCCAGAAGCAGGAGAGCCGGCCGGGGGAGCAGCCGUCGGCCAACGACACUGAGCCCAAAGGGGGCGAGCAAGAUCCUGACACAAAGAAACAACGCUGCAAAUGCUGCUCGGUCAUGUAAUAGAGGGCCUGCUUUGGCCCAGCCCUCAACCGCGCAGCCGACCAGGACUAUCCUUCCCCCCCCUCCAUCACUCCCACCUGGACACCUCGGCUCUGCCUCUUCGGUUCCCUUUUCGGUUCCACAGGUUCUUAGGUUUAAAGUGGUUUUUAGAUUUUUGUUUUCUUAACGAGACAUGCUGUUUGGACCUCUCUUGGGUUUUGGAUUUCCCUCCCCCCCCCAUCUCUUUCUCUAAUUUCAAGUGACUGGGGGGAAAAUAAAGGCAGCAUGGUGUGGAAAAGGGUAUAUAAUAAAUCCAACGACACCAAGCUGCCGGUUCUGUUCCAUUUAACACCCUUCUUCUCUUCUUCUUUUUUCCAUAAAUGGGACAGCUGGAGAAUAUUAUAUUUAUUAGAGUAAAAUGAACUUGUGACCCUUCCCUCUCUUUUUUAUUUUAAAGUUUAUUUUUGUUUUGUGGAUCAUGAGAAACCAUUUUCAAGUCUCAAAAUUAAAAAAAAAAUCUGGAAAACCCUUUUUUAAAAAAGAGAAAGAGGUCUGCAGAAUAAAAAUGGGGAUGUUUCUCAGUAUCUACACCCUUUUCAAGGAACCAGACCCAUUUCUGUUAUCUAAGGGAACCCCUUCUAUGGUGGAGGGCCAUGUCUGGAGAAGAGCAAAACCCCAUCCGUCAAGCAAAGAGGCUGUUUAAUUCUUGGCAUAUUUUUAAGAGAUUUGGAGACCUUUUGGAAUUCAGCGACCUUGAAGAUUUCCAAAGCCCUUUCAAGAAUUUGGUUCCUGAAGGGUGUUUUUUUUU